GAAAGUUCAGUUGUUCACACUGUAACUCGAACUCACCGCUCAGUCACUGUUUACUGUUAUCGACCGAACACAGCGUACAACGCCGGUACAGUAAGUGGAAAGGCAAGACGUGGGGCCAGCAGGCGCGACUGGGACUGGAUUUUCGUUCUCGAUUCUCGAUCCUGCUAUAGCAGUGGCUCUCCUCUCCGUGUGUUGAUUUCUAGCUCAUUUCGUUCGGUUCGGAGUAGUUCCCGUUUAUUGUAGUCUGUUUUUUUUUUUCGAAUGUGUAAAAAACAUUACUAAAGAGUUAAUAAUUUUUAUUGUUUAGUUUUUAAUUAUUUCGCGACAUGGAGUGAAGUGUGUUUAUUACCGUUCUACAAAUCUUUUUACAUCUUUACAAUUCAAUUUUAUUCAAUUUUUUGUAUGACACGACUGAAGUGAAAAGAUCUUGAAGUGGAAUAUGGCUACGAUAGACGGCCGUCCCGCACAAUAUGGAAUUACCCUGAAACAACUACGUGACCUUAUGGAACAUAGGGGCGCAGACGGAAUAGGAAAAAUUCAAGAAUUAGGUGGAACACAAGAAAUAUGUAAAAAAUUAUACACAUCGCCAAGCGAAGGACUUAGUGGAUCACAAGUAGAUCUUGAACACAGGAGAGAAACAUUUGGAUCAAAUUCAAUUCCUCCAAAGCCUCCAAAAACCUUUUUACAAUUAGUAUGGGAAGCUUUACAGGAUAUUACCCUUAUUAUUCUAGAAGUAGCAGCCAUAGUUUCUUUAUUGCUUUCUUUUUAUCAGCCCCCGUUAGAAGAUUCAGCAUUUAACGAUGAUGAAACAAGUCAUGGGUGGAUAGAAGGUUUAGCAAUUCUAAUUUCAGUUAUAGUAGUAGUAUUUGUAACAGCCUUUAACGAUUAUACUAAAGAAAGACAAUUCCGAGGGUUACAAAGUCGAAUAGAAGGAGAACACAAAUUUUCAGUAAUUAGACAAGGAGAAGUCAAACAAAUCUCUGUCAGUGAUAUAGUUGUAGGUGAUAUUUGCCAAAUUAAAUAUGGAGAUCUUUUACCAGCAGACGGAAUUCUUUUACAAUCAAAUGAUUUGAAAAUAGACGAAUCUUCAUUGACAGGAGAAUCUGAUCAUGUCAAAAAGGGAGAGCAUUUCGACCCGAUGGUAUUAUCAGGUACUCAUGUUAUGGAAGGAUCUGGUAAGCUGUUGGUUACAGCCGUCGGUGUCAACUCGCAGGCAGGUAUCAUCUUCACACUUUUGGGAGCAGCUGUGGACCAACAAGAAGCUGAAAUAAAGAAAAUGAAGAAGGAAGCUAAAAAGCAGCGGAAGAAGAAAAGUUUAACAGGUGAUGAAGAAAAUGUUACUGGAAAUAGCCAUAUGAACACAGGGAACAAAGAAGAAGCAGGAGCCGGGGAGACAGGAUUCAAGCUUGACGCAUCAGCUGCCCCUGAUCAUGACGGCAAAGAAAAUCACGUACAAUCUGAAAAAUCCGCCGGAGAAAGGAACAAAAAGGAAAAAUCAGUACUUCAAGCGAAACUUACAAAACUUGCUAUUCAGAUCGGUUAUGCUGGGUCCACCAUUGCAGUUCUUACUGUUAUCAUUCUGAUUAUACAAUUCUGUAUCAAGACUUUCGUCAUCAAUCAUCAAGCAUGGAAAAACGUGUACGCCAACUAUAUGGUCCGGUACCUCAUUAUUGGUGUCACUGUACUUGUCGUAGCUGUACCUGAAGGGUUGCCACUGGCCGUUACCUUGUCUCUAGCUUACAGUGUCAAGAAAAUGAUGAAGGAUAACAACUUGGUUAGGCAUCUUGACGCUUGUGAAACUAUGGGUAACGCUACUGCCAUCUGUUCGGACAAGACAGGUACUUUGACUACAAAUAGGAUGACGGUUGUACAGUCCUACAUCUGCGAACAACUUUGUAAAACCAUGCCCAAGUUUUCUGAUAUACCUGCCCACGUUGGAAACGUUAUCAUCCAAGCUAUUUCGAUCAAUUGUGGCUACACGUCAAGAAUAAUGCCACCGGAAGAGGGCAGUGAUCUACCAAGACAAGUUGGUAACAAAACAGAAUGCGCCUUGUUAGGAUUCGUUUUAGGACUUCAAAAGAACUACCAAACGAUCAGGGACGACUUCCCCGAAGAAACAUUCACUCGCGUAUACACUUUCAAUUCAGACAGAAAAUCAAUGAGUACCGUAAUCCCUCGCCAAAUAGCUGGAGAAUCAGGUGGUUACCGAUUGUUUACCAAAGGUGCUUCAGAAAUUAUAUUACAAAAGUGUGCCUUUAUCUACGGCCAUGAUGGUCGUCUCGAAAAAUUCACCAGAGAUAUGCAGGAAAGGCUGUUAAAGCAAGUGAUAGAACCGAUGGCUUGUGAUGGUCUGAGAACUAUCUGUCUCGCUUUCAGAGAUUUCGUUACUGGUAAAGCAGAAAUCAAUCAGGUGCAUAUUGAACAUGAGCCUAACUGGGACGAUGAAGGAAACAUAGUCAACAACUUAACAUGUCUGUGCGUUGUGGGCAUUGAAGAUCCUGUUCGAAAUGAAGUACCUGAUGCCAUCAGGAGGUGUCAGAAAGCUGGUAUCACUGUCAGAAUGGUCACUGGUGACAAUGUGAAUACAGCCAGGUCGAUAGCUACUAAGUGCGGUAUUGUAAAACCAAACGAGGACUUCCUUAUUCUCGAGGGCAAAGAAUUCAACAGGAGAAUCAGGGACAGUGCCGGAGAAGUUCAACAACAUCUUAUUGACAAAGUUUGGCCUAAAUUACGUGUUCUUGCGAGGUCAUCUCCAACCGAUAAAUUUAUUCUCGUCAAAGGUAUUAUAGACAGCAAAGUCAGUGACAACAGAGAAGUUGUAGCUGUAACUGGUGAUGGUACAAAUGACGGUCCAGCUUUGAAAAAGGCAGAUGUCGGAUUCGCUAUGGGUAUUGCUGGUACUGAUGUAGCGAAAGAAGCUUCUGAUAUUAUUUUGACUGACGACAACUUCAGUAGUAUCGUCAAGGCUGUUAUGUGGGGUAGAAAUGUUUAUGACAGUAUAGCCAAAUUUUUACAGUUCCAGCUUACUGUCAAUGUUGUUGCUGUUAUCGUAGCUUUUAUUGGCGCUUGCGCUGUCCAGGACAGUCCUUUGAAGGCUGUACAAAUGUUAUGGGUUAACUUAAUUAUGGACACAUUAGCUUCUUUAGCUCUGGCUACUGAAAUGCCUACUGGAGACUUACUGCUAAGGAAGCCGUAUGGUAGAACAAAACCCUUGAUUUCCAGAACUAUGAUGAAGAACAUCUUAGGACAAGCCAUAUAUCAAUUAGUAGUAAUUUUUGCUUUAUUGUUUGUAGGUGACAAAUUUUUGGAUAUUGAAUCCGGAAGGGGAGUGGAAAUCGGUCAUCCUCCAACUCAACAUUUCACCGUUAUUUUCAACUCUUUCGUAAUGAUGACUCUCUUCAAUGAGUUCAACGCUAGGAAGAUCCAUGGACAAAGGAAUGUUUUCGAAGGUAUCUUCACCAAUCCUAUCUUCUACACUAUCUGGAUUGGAACAUGUAUAGCACAGGUGGGUAUUAUCCAAUUAGGUGGUGUAGCGUUUUCGACAACCAGUUUGGAUAGAGACCAGUGGCUGUGGUGCCUUUUCUUUGGAGUAGGAACUCUUCUAUGGGGACAACUUGUUACGACUGUACCAACCAGUAAAAUUCCAAAGAUUCUUUCAUGGGGCAGGGGUCAUCCCGAGGAAUACACGGAAGCGAUUGCCAUUGGAGAGGAGAAAUACGACCUCGAAUCUGACAAGAAACCUCGCGCUGGUCAGAUAUUGUGGAUAAGAGGCUUGACCAGAUUGCAGACGCAGGUGAUAGGUGGUGAAUUACAAGAACGUUUGAUUCCAGUUCCAUACAGCAAGAGCUCGACUGACCAAGCUGUGGGGCAAAAUCACAUCCGAGUAGUUAAUGCUUUCCGACAGGGCCUAGAUGCUCGGUAUGGUGAACACAGCAAUACUUCCUUAGCAGAGGUACUUCGCAAACAGACGACUUUAUCUAAGAGGUUGUCUCAAACUUCUUCCAUUGAAUAUGCCGAUAACAUCCCAGAUGAAUUGACGAUACCAGAAAUAGAUGUGGAGCGAUUAUCGUCCCACAGCCACACGGAGACAGCCGUUUAGCUUCCUAUCCCCGUCCUAUUAGUCCUACUUUUAUUAUUACUAUUACUGUUAAUACUGCAGCAGUGCGUUUUAUUCCGCGGCGCUAACGCGGGCGCAAUGGCAGCAGCGUUCCUGCUCUUCAGCUGGUUUUACUCAUCCCAAUCCUUACCGUCCUUUGACUCCCUUUCAUCUCCUAUUAACCUGUCUCCUUCAUUCUUCUCCACAGUCAUGGUUUAAUUUACUAGAGGAGAAAAGACAUUAAUCUGUAUAGUUAAUAACAGACUGUGGUUAAGUUAUAUACGGAGAGAAGCUAGUUAGUAGAGUACCCACGAUACUGGAAUUAUGUACUGUCGUCCUUAUCUAAAAUUGCAGCUGUCAUUAAACAUCCGAUAUUUGUUAAACGCUAUUGGUCGGUGUUUUAUUAUUUGUUUAUUUUUCGUUUUUGUUAUACACUUUGAAAACCAGAAAAAAGCAGGAUACGGCGUGCUGUCAAUAUGGACUACAAGAUUAGCAAUAAAUGAGUGUUCAACAGUUCACUCAUAAAUUAAAUUUAGGUGCCUAUAUAAGUGGGACUUCUAUUCUGGGGUCUCACGACUGACGAGGAUGCGCGGACUUACAGUGGAAUCGGGCAGUAGCGAGCAUUCCCCUUGAGCCAUUCCCUUUGGCAACUGCUGUAAUGUCUGCUUGUUCUCGUCCUGAAAUAUACAUAUAUAAAUAUAUAAAAAAAAAUGUGCGGGCUGCCGUCCCCAAGUCGCUUCCUUCCAUCGGGGACAGCGGUUCGUCUUAAUUUUUAACACUAGAUACCGAAUCAGAUGUUAUUUGCCAAAUAUUUGGGAGAAACGGUAUAUACAGGACGAUGAUUCACGUGAAAGUACCUUCAUCAUAUUAGUUUUCCAUUCCUACCCGACAAAUACUGCUUCUCCCCACCCUCAUCAUGUUGUAAUCUAGGUCUAAUAUAAAAUAAAACCGUAGAUAGAUCAAGUGAAAUUUAGGCAACACAAAUUUGUACGUCGUGCAUUGCAUUUAAAACCACCCACCUUUUUAACACAAAGCAUAUACGUCUUUAUAGGUAGCUUUAAGAGAUACAUAUUUGACCGUUUCAAAGACCCCGCAACACUCCUUAUGGAAAAGUGGCCCCGGUCAAAUUUAAUGAAAAUUUGGUCAAUGAUAGUUUUCAGUGCAUAGAUUAAAAAAGUCCAUGAGACCUAGGUCUGAAAAACUAUUAUUCUGAAGCUACAUCCUUCUGAAGUUAUUGGAUUCAGGUGCUCGGUUUACGUUAAGUGCACUAAUUCACGGUCAAGUGAAAAUAUUUAAUAUUAAAGGAAGAGAAACUCAUUUUCUUCAUGCAUAUUUGUGUGUUUAUGAAUUCGUGGUCAAAAAUGGAUGCAUUCCAUUUUAGUUUUCAGAAAACCUCCUAGAAGUCCUCAGAAAACUCGAGAAGUGCGAUAGAAAAUGUGCUGCUAUAAAGCGGCAUGAGAAUUAUCAUGUUUUCAUGAAUGCUUCAUGCUUAUCCAAUACCGGCAUAGCUGCAAUUCCGCCUUAUCUUUAGAAAACAACUGAACAGUGGCAGAUCGGGGAGAAUAGGGGAAUUUCCCCCGUAAUACGCUCCAGAAUUAAAGAAAAAAUUGUUAAAACAUAUUAGCUGGCAUGAAACUUAAACUACAGACAAACAAAUACAACCCAAUUAACUCAACAGUUAGGGAAUUUAUUGCACAUGUUAUUAUCUAUGCCUUUUAUGUAGUUUGGGUUUAUCUUUUGGUUAUAGUUUGGUUGGUGUUUCAUUAAAAGGUACCGCCCCCCCUCCAAGGAAAAUAUCUAGAUCCGCCACUGCUAAUAAAGCGCCUUUAGAAAACUGGGGAACAACCAUAACAAGUGCUGCUAGAGUCGCACAAGAUUUCUCACGGUUUCACGCAUGCAUAAUAUUAACCUGAUGUCAGCAACAGCACCAUUUGAUUUUUAAAAAAACGCUGAAUCAUAAUUUAAAAAAAUGAAGAACGGUCGCACUGGCACUUGCUGCAUCGACAAUUUCUUUUAGAUUUUGUAGAAAAAAGAUCAUCAAAUACAAGGAGCUAUGACACAACUAGAUUCGAACCAGUAUUGGAUGAGUGUGAAGCAUUUAUGAAAACAUGAUAAUUCUUAUGUCGCUAUAACAGCACAUUUUCUUCAGUUUUUCUGCAUUUCUUCAGUUUUCUGAGGACCUUUCUCAGGUUUUCUGAAGACUAAAAUGUGAUGCAUCUAUUUUUGACCACGAAUUCAUAAACACAUAAAUAUGCAUGAAGAAAAUGAGUUUAUCUUCUUUCAAUAAUAAAUAUUUUCGUUAACUUGACCGUAAAUUAGUGCACUUAACGUAAACCGAGCACCUGAAUCCAAUAACUUCAGAAGGCUGUAGCUUCAGAAUAAUAGUUUUUCAGACCUAGCUCCCAUGAUCUUUUUUAAUCUGCGCUCUGAGAACUAUCAUUGAUCGAACUUUCGUUAAAUUUGACCGGGCCACUUUUCCAUAAGGAGUGUUACGGGGUUGUUUCUCGGCCUGUCGAUUGAAAUAAAAUUUCUUAAAAAUGAUUAAUAUACAUAUAAUGCUUGUCGACGGUUAUCUAAGGUGAGUAGUUUUAAACUUAACAGCACGUUGUACCUAUACAUAGAAUGUAUUAUAAGAUUAAUAAUUAUAGUUACAGUGUGAUUCAACAUUACAUGAUUCUUAUUAUCCUGUAAACGUGUAAUGUAACGUAUCACAUGAGGUGCUAAGUGCUACUGCUGCACUAUGCUCUCAUCAAAUAUUUUGUUUUGUAAUUACUUAUAUAUGUACUUCAUAUAUUAAGAGCUGUAAAGUACUAUGAAUAAUAUUAAAUAGUAUAUAAUAAGCUGUGAUAAUGGCGUGCCAGACCAACAGGUUGCGUCCAAAUUUCAUGGUUGCGGCGAUGGUACUUAGAAACCCCACAAUCUACCAAUUCAGUCUACAGCCGCUCUACCCCAAGUCAACACAACACUAUUCAUAUUUAUAAUUAAAAUACAGAUUCAUCAUAAAUGCAUAAAAACAAUUUCCUAAUUGAAUAAUAUCGAGAUCAUUAAACAGUCUCUCCGAAUAUAAGAACAAUUAAAAAACUACAAAUUACAUUACCAAGAAAAUAAAAACAACAGAAUAUUUAGAUAAACGAUAAAGUUGCUGAUGACAAUAUUGAAACAAAUAAUAAUAAUAAAAAAUAAUAUAUACAUUGUGUACACAAAAUAUUUUAAUUUGCUAAUAUAACGAUUUCUGCUAGGUCUACAAAAAAUAAAAGUUUUCAAAAAAACUUUUGUUAAUUUGCACCGUUUACAUUUUUUCAAUUUUUCAUGAUCCUUAUAAUAUAUGUUUGUACGUUCUAGGUUCCGUAUCGCUCCAAUAUAUGCAAUUGUUUUCAUUAAAAUGGCCGUUUAAAAUUAAUCUACGAGAAAAAGUCUCUUGUUUGUAAAAUGGACCAUAUUUACCUUUAGCAUUAUACUUUCAGAAAAUUAUAUUCUGCGAUCAAAAUCAUCACGAGUCGUAUACCACCAUAAUUUUAUAAGCGUGUAUCUUAGUUUUUUGGGAAUACUACCAACGGACCUACUCCCAACGUCAUUAUUUAACUCUUCAUUAUUAUAAUAUUUAACUUUUAAAUUUUGUCAAAAUUUUGUUAAUGUACGUAUUCUUUUGACUUGUCAAAAACGAAAGAAAUUUUGUAUAUUUGAUUGAAUAAAUUCUAUUCUAUGCAUCAUGUUCUAAUGCAUUUUUCUGUAGGGAUGGUGAAACCAUCUGAACCACCAUUUCCAGCGUUUUCUGUCGAAGAAAUCUUCAGUUUUUAAAUCUCUGGCGGACAUUGCAUCUUCGACAUCUUUCCAGGACCGUCUUGGUCUACUUCGUUUUCUUCUAGUGGACGGACUCCAAUUUUAUAUCUUUUUUGUCCAUUUAUUUUCAGGCAUUCUUUGCAGGUGUCAAUACCAGUUGAGUCUUUUGGCUUCAAUUGUCUCUAUUAUGUCUAGAUCAAUUUUUAUUUUUCUCUGAAUAUCUUCCUUUCUCGCCCUAUCAAAUCUAGUGAGUCGUCUCUAAUAGAUUAUUUCCAUGGAUUUAAUUUUUGAUUUGAUUCUUUGAUUUAUUUCCCUUUUUGAUGUUAUUUGAACUCCCACGGAUUUGGAGGUUUCAGUUGAUUUUAUAGUUCCCAUUUCCAUUUUUAUGCUUUCUGGUUUUUCUCCUGCAACUAAGUAUUCGGAUUUUUGUAUAUUAAUUGUGAGGCCUCACUUAGUGUACUCCUCUUCCAGUUUUCUAAGCAUAUAGUCUAUAUAACUCUCGUCUUUAGCUAGAAUGGCUUGGUCGUCAGCGAAGUGUAUCCUGUACAAUAUUUCGUCUUCGAUUGGGGUGCCCAGAUUGCAGCACGUUCUUCUCACAUUCUGCAUCAACAUUAAAGGAUUUUUCAAUAGCAGCUUUGGUCGUUAAAUUUUCAGGUGAUUUUAAUUUGAUCCGGUUAUCAAGAUAUUUCUGAAUCAGAAUAUUUCAUAAAUAAAAAACCUUUUCAUAAGCGUGUUAGAAAUCGAGAGAUUAACAAAAUAGGUUUUUGUAUAUGCCAUAUUACCUAUCCUCAAGAAAGUGCAGUUAUUUUCUAAUUGCAUAAAAAUAAUAAAUGGUGUAUAGGUUGUGUUGAUUUGUAAGGGAGUGACUCAUUUGUAUUGACCAUUUUUUACUAUAAUUAGGUAUACAAUGUUACUAUGGAAUAAAGUACUUUCAUUCCAAAAUUAAAAGUUAAAAGAUAAUACAUAAGUAGAUAUAUAGAAGUACUUACAGAUAAAAGUUUGACUCCAUUUUCAAUCAAUAAACAGGGUGGGUGGGCUCAAUGGUACGUUGACGUUUCACAGAGGUAUUUAUAUGUUAAAAACAAAAUAUAUACACCACGUAGAACACCAACUAUAUAUUCUAAAUAAUUAUAAUUUUCGUAUCAUUCUUGGUAUUUAACAUAUUUCCACCCCUGUCUAGAAAAAUGUUCGCAGAUUACAGGAACAAUACAACUAUGCGCUGUUAGUAAAUAAAGUGAUUCAUUUUGAAUAGAGCUAUGAAUAUAGUUAUUCUUAAGGUGAUUCAGUGUUCAAUCCAAUUUUUCAAAAAAUUUUUUUCAUAAUAGCAUUUUCUCUGUUCUGGUCUGUAGCAGUGUCUCCUCUAUAAUACGUAGAAGCCAGGAAUUUUCUAUCCGAUAAAUAUAUCUUUGAUGGCUCUCCUUGAUCGAUUGUUAGUCUGAUGCAGAAACCACAAAUUUAAUGAAUUCUCUCAUGCCACUCCAUUUUUUUAGGUCUUCAAGUUACGUCCUUAGAUUUUCGUAAUUGGUUUUGCUUCUUGUAAGAUCUAUGUAUUACCAAAAUUGUUUUUCCACGAUCUAUCAUGAGACCUGCAUCAUGUGUUCAGUUGAUUGAAAUAUUUGGCUCAAUCCAUCUUCAGAAUUCGCUAGAAUGCUAGGUAGCCAAAGUUCUUCUCAAUUGUAUAUUUUCACGUAUUAUGUAAAGUUACUAAUACAUGAUCGAAUCCAUUGGCAUUUAUUCUUUUUCCUUGCUUUGAACGGAUUUUUGUAAAGAUAUCUGAACAUAUAUUGAACAGGUUCUUAUUCCAGUUUUGAACACUUCCAACUAAGUAUAUACACCUUGGAACUAUUUCUGGUUAAAACUACAUUUUGAUCUGAGUAAAAGUCAGCUUAUACACUGACCCGCAAAAAUAACCGGACACCAAUGUACACUUCUCCAAGAAAUUAACGCAAAUUUUCUAAUUCUGUUGUCCGAUUUGAGUGAUUUUUUUAAUAUGUUAUAGCCUUAUUAUUUAAGAAUGUUGCUGUAAUAAUGUUGUUUCUAGACAGGUAAAUUGUCGUUGUAUACCGGGUGUACCAAUAAAACUGUGUUUUUUCUCAAACUUCGCAACAGCCUGUGGAAUAUUCUAGCUUUUAUAAAAUACUGAAAUUAAAACCCAACUAUACUGCAGGUUUUCUUAAAAUAAGUCCGUAAUUUUUUUGUUGUUUGGUGGAAAUGGAACGCGCUGCAAGGAAUUUGACCCGCGAUGAGUGUGUUCAAGCAGUGACCUUACAUAGCGAACAUAGGACUUAGCUACCAUGCUAUCGGUCGGAGGUUAGAAGUUUCACAUACAUCAAUUUCCCGUAUUGUUCAACGCUUUACAGAAAUGAACGACUACAGCAGACGUCCCGGACAAGGUAGAUCUCGAGUUACUACGGUGGUUCAAGACCAUUUUAUUAGAUUAUGUGCUUUAAAAGAACGAUUCAGCACGUCAAGGAAUCUUUUAACGGAACUUAAUAAUAUCCAACCCCGCAUUGAAACCGCGGGCGAAACCGGAGACGUCUUGUAGCAUAUGACUUGCGUAUUCGAAGAUCAGCUACAGGAUCAACUGCAAACCACCGCAGAGAUAGAUUGCAAUUUGCCAAAGCACACGUAAACUGGAAUAAUGACCACUGGGAAAACGUUCUGUUUACAGAUGAAUCCAGAUUUGGCCUCUAUAGUUCCAAUCGACGUUUAAGAGUAAUCCGAGACCAAUAGAGCGUUACGCCAAGUGUAACAUAUGUACAGAACGACUUUAUUUAAUGGAGGGUCUACAACGGUUUGGGGAGAAACUUCUUUAACAGCACGCGCAGAUCGUGUUCCUUUACGUGGCAUUUCUUUAAAAAGUGAAAGGUACAUAGCCGAUAUUUGACAAUUUAAUAAAUUAACAAUUUGACAUUUUUCUCAAAUUGUUUAUUUCUCAUAGCCUAUUUUAGGCUUGUUUGUUAAACUAAGCAGAAAAUGAGAAUAUAUUGAUGAAAAGCAUGGCUAGUUGUUAAAGUACCUAACUUUUUUUAUUAUCCAACAUAAGCGAAUGAAUCAAAAAACAAAAUAUUAAGAAAACCUGAGGCUAUAGUUGGGUUUUAAUUUCGGUAUUUUAUAAAUGCUAGAAUAUUCCACAGGCUGUUACGAACUUUAAAAAAAACACAGUUUGAUUGGUACCUACACAGCCGGUAUACAAUGACAAUUUAACUGUCUAGCAACAACACUAUUACAGCGACGUUCUUAAAAAAAUAAGACAAUAUAACAUAUUAAAAAAUCUCUCAAAUCGGACAACAGAUUUAGGAAAUUUGCGUUAAUUUGUGUCCGGUUAUUUUUGCGGGUCAGUGUAGUUGUCUACCUGCGCAUUGUUGUAGUGGAUGAGUCUGUUAAAAUUUGUCUACCCUAGUAUUUGUUCAGUGAAAUGGUUUUAAUGUGUUGUAGAAUCUUUAGGUACAAAUACUAAUAUACAUGACAGUAUUUUUGUAUGUGUCUUGGAAGUGGCCUGUUUUUCUGGCCCAUUCACGCACACAUUUAUACACCUACUCCGUAUCGGAUUUUCGAAAUGACGGAACAUGUCAAAUCAGAAAGAAUCAAAAGUUAAAAAAAUUGUUCUAAAUUAAAACUGAAACACAUAAACUAUCAGAAAAAUGUUUAAUUAUUUUCCAAUAUAAAUAGUAAUCUUAAAUUUUUUAUAAACUUACAGUUGCUGCAAAAACAAAUUAAGAGACUGUUUUUGUACAACUCCACCAUUACAGGCCAGUGGAAAAACGUAUCUUGGUCCUCUAGGUAUGCGAAAAUAUGUUAUCUUUCAUGCAACAAUUAGUUGACCUUGGAAAACAAGAACAACUAUUUUUUUAAAUGACCAAUUUUAUAAACAAAAAAUGAAUAAUAAGUAAAUUACAAAACGCACAGAAAUAUCCAAACAAGUAUGGUUAUUCCAAAUAAAUACUGACACAAGCCUGAACACGGAAAUGAAAUCAAAAUGUAAAAAGGGAAGAAGAAAAAGCACUCAAAAAGUAAACCAGAUGACAGACCGACAAAUAUACAGAACAAUUAUUGAAGAUAGGAUUGAUCUGCUCGAUGGGAUGUCACAAACAAAUUUAGCGUUAAAAUUAGAAGUUCGCAUCCAAUUCGACGAUUGAUAUUAGUUUGGUUGAUUAAAAUUUGGGUGUAUAAAAAAUAAAAUAACGUUUAUGAAUCGUAUUUCUACUGGUCAAGUGGUAGAACAGGCAAUAUGCCUUAUAGAUUUUAAAAUUCGUACUUUAAGCAAUGUUUAUCUGUGAAAUUUCUACAGAUAAUAAAAUUGUUACAAUCUACCUCAUUUCUAUGUUUGUGCACUUGUGGAAAAUGGAUGUACAUAGCAGAUAUAAGCAUUUUCAAUAUAUAUUUUUUAAUGAUUUUGACUGCAAUGGGAAAUGCAAACUUCUGUAUAUGAAUGUGUUACAGUUUGUUGCACUCAUUUAGAAUAAUUUGGAUAUUUGAAAAUCUAAUCUCCGAACAGCACACAUUCGGAUUAGAUUGGAAAAAUGAGCAUUCUGAUAUUGACAACACGUUCCUGAAAGCAACAUUUGAUCUGCUAUACUGAGCAUAUCUUAUCUGUUACUACUUUGUUUUAUUUAUUUGAACAAGAGCUCCUAGCAGAACGAUUGUGGCAAACAAGUAUAUGUGUUUCACUACUGCACCCUUAGUCCAAAUAACUCCAUUUUCUCGUUCAAGUAUCUUUGUCUUUUUCAAUUAGUUUUGAAUCGAUUGUAUAUUGUUAAUAAGACAAAUUAAAUAUACAAAGUAGUAAGUCUUCCAGACUAUAAAGACAGCAUAACAAUCACUGAGAAUAUGGUACAUCAUAAAAACUAAUUUUAUUUUAUGCAAUUUAUUAGGAAAAUGUUUACUGGUGGCACUGUUAGCUAAAGCACCUAUUGAAAGUUGGUUUAAGAGGAAAUUAUGCUUCUUGUUUAUGGAAUGGAAAAUAUUCAUCUUGUAUCUUAUUUAGUCCAUUUUUCUGAGGACAAAACAUGGAUUGCUGGAGUUAAGAAAAAUCAUGUUUAAAAUGCUUAUUUUUGGUAUUUUUACUUUUCUUUUUCACACCUUAUUCAUACUCCUGUUUUAUUUCAUCAGCCACGCCAUUAUUUUUAAUUAUUGAUAUUGUUCUUCCUAGUAGAUUACACAAUACCCUUUUAGUAGCUGUACAAAAAAGGUAUGUUUAUUUCAAGUUAGUGAUUUUGUUUGUAUUUACGAUUAUUUAGAGUAAAUAGAUGUUAUUUGGACAAAUGUUGUGAAACACGUACAUUUCAGUUAAUUUUAACUUUUAGUGAACUUUGACUAUGUUAUUUUAUCUAUUUAUCUGUGGUUCGUCUCACCCUAAUCAUCAUCCCAUGUCACAUAUAGUAUCAACGAACCCGAUUUAUAUGACAUAUAGUUGUACAAUACCGUCUUAACAUAUACUUUAUUUGGAUUUCCAACUUCGUGGAAGUACCAUUUUGUUGUAAUGGGAUGUUAUUAUACAAAUAUAUCUAGAGGUAUAUAAUAUAUACUGAAAAGUUUAAAGUGCCGGUUUGAAGUGGCAUAUGGUGCGCACCACUCACAACACUUUAAAAUGUAAGAAAUAAAAAACAGUAAAAACUCCUAUUUACUUAUGCCAAACUUAAGACAUGGCAUUUCAGUUGAAUGUUGUUAUUUGUAAUGGUACAAUAUUAAAUCGUUAAUUUGUUAUAGUUGUUAUUUUAUAUAAUAUAAAAUAAAGAGUCGCCUUUCACGCUCUAGUGUUAUUGGCCCACGGAGGGUGGAAUGGAGUAUGGUUGAUCCAUUCUAACAUAACUUUAUUGUAUGUCUGAUGUGCUUUUAUUUAUAUAAUAAAGGUAUUUUGAGCUUUAAAUUUUAAGAGAGGUGAAUAACAUACCUACCUGUUGUUAAGGUGUUUUGUUCCAUUGUCAUUUAUUUUUGUGAACCACAUUUUAGUUAUGAAAUAUAUUUCGAUUUAAUGUAAAUGUUACCUACUUCUUUAACUUUGUAAUAUAAUUUAAGAAAAUUAUAAAAUGCUACGAAUAUUUUCAUAUUAAACAUAAAUUUUAAAAUAUAAUCACGCAUAUAUAAUUAA